AAAUCGUAACUAAUUUCAGAGCUGUUGUGAACAAUGGCGACGUUUCAACGAAAGUGACAUUCUGACGAACAAAUGUGUUUUCACACUUUAACAUUAAUCUUCUUUUGUAGAUAUUAAUUACGCUCAUUAGCUGCUAAAUCAGCAGAAAUCCGUGUUUUAGAAUGGCUUUGAACGCUAACGCGUUAUCCAGUGACAUAAGCCGAAGAAAUCCACAAGAUGAAUAUGAACUCAUUCAGAGGAUAGGCAGCGGAACGUACGGAGAUGUUUACAAGGCCAAAAGACUUUCCACGAAUGAUCUCGCUGCAAUUAAGGUUAUCAAAUUGGAACCAGGAGAUGAUUUUGCAAUAAUUCAACAAGAAAUUUUAAUGAUGAAAGAUUGCAGACAUCCUAAUAUUAUUGCCUAUUAUGGAAGUUAUUUGAGAAGAGAUAAAUUAUGGAUUUGUAUGGAAUAUUGUGGAGGUGGUUCUUUGCAAGAUAUAUAUCAUAUAACUGGGCCUUUGUCAGAAAUACAAAUAGCAUACAUGUGCCGAGAAACACUUUUGGGAUUGGCUUAUUUGCAUAGUAUGGGCAAAAUGCAUCGUGAUAUUAAAGGUGCCAAUAUAUUAUUGACUGAAGCUGGUGAUGUCAAGUUAGCUGAUUUUGGUGUAUCAGCACAAAUUACUGCAACUAUUAAUAAAAGAAAGAGUUUCAUUGGUACUCCUUAUUGGAUGGCACCUGAGGUUGCAGCUGUAGAAAGAAAGGGUGGUUAUAAUCAACUUUGUGAUAUUUGGGCAUGUGGAAUUACUGCAAUAGAGUUAGCUGAAUUGCAACCACCUAUGUUUGAUUUACAUCCCAUGAGAGCACUUUUUCUUAUGUCUAAAUCUGGAUUUAAACCACCUACGUUAAAAGAUCGUGACAAGUGGAGUCCAACAUUCCAUAAUUUCGUAAAAAUUGCUCUAACUAAAAAUCCUAAAAAAAGACCGACUGCUGAAAAAUUAUUACAGCAUACAUUUUUUCAAGGAGAAAUGAAUAAACGUUUAGCUCUAGAAUUAUUGCAAAAAGUAUCAAAUCCUAGUCAUAUGUUCACUGAAUUAGAAGCAGAUGAAGAUGGAGCUGUACCUAAUGUUCCACAGAGGAUAGCAUCGCGUCAUACUGCAAGACCUAGACCAAAAAGUCCUAUACCACAAUUAGAUAGCGACGAUCAAAUUAAUCUUGAUGGAACAUUGCAAAGAGACGUGAUUUCUCCAUCUGUAGAUACUAAUCCAUCAUGGGAUAUCAUGGAUAUUAUGAAUAAUGUCAAGUCAGUUCAUAACUGCGAUGUUCAUCCAGAUUGUGGUAUUGGCACAGCAUUUGAAGAUGUACAAGAAAAUCCUGUUGGCGCGAACGUUACAACAGAUAAUAGAGAGUCGCGUCGAAGCAAAACAGGCACAGAGAUAUUUCAUAUGAGUUUAAGGAGUCUAUUGCAGUACAUUGAUGAGGAGUUGUUGCUAAGGGGGAAUGCAAUGUCGAUGGUUGGUGGGCAUUGCGACCAGCUAUAUUCCCUGCAAGCUACACUUCCACUUGGAGAAUCAUCAAAUGAUUGUGAAGUGCAUGGCGCAUAUUACAAUAUAUCAGGAUCACAAGCAAGUCCCAGGCGCCAUAGCUCUGUAGAUGAAUUAUAUGGUUUAGUGAACAGUACUCAGUCUUUGGCUGCUGUGAAUGGACAACGUCAACGAUCUCUUUCAGAUAGUGGCCCUAGAGAUGAAUCUCCUCAAUCGAAUGGUCAAAAUGAGAUGUCAGGCGAAGGAGAUCAAGAAGGUAUGAGCCCAGAUUUAUUAUCCGAUACUCCGCCUGUUCCUCCGAGAAGAAGGGAUAGAAAACGUCAUACACCUCCUAGACCUAUCAGCAAUGGACUGCCACCAACACCUAAGGUUCAUAUGGGAGCAUGUUUUUCGAAAGUAUUUAAUGGUUGUCCAUUAAGAAUACAUUGUACUGCAAGUUGGAUUCAUCCAGAUACAAGGGAUCAGCAUUUAUUAAUUGCAGCAGAAGAAGGAAUUUAUAAUUUAAAUUUAAAUGAACUUCAUGAAACUGCAAUAGAUCAAUUAUAUCCAAGACGAACUAUUUGGAUGUAUGUCAUCAAGGAUGUUCUCAUGUCCUUAUCUGGAAAAACUCCUCAAUUAUAUAGACAUGAUUUAUUAGCAAUGCAAAGCAAACAAACUCAUAGGUUUUCAUUACACAUGAAUAAAAUACCUGAAAGAUUAGUCCCUAGAAAAUUUGCUCUAACUACAAAAGUACCAGAUACAAAAGGUUGUACUAAAUGCUGUGUAGGAAGAAAUCCAUAUAAUGGAUAUAAAUAUUUAUGUGGUGCAAUGCCAACUGGAAUAUUUUUAAUGCAAUGGUAUGAUCCUCUUAAUAAAUUCAUGUUAUUAAAACAUUUUGAUUGUACAUUACCAACACCACUAAAUGUAUUUGAAAUUAUUAUUACACCUGAAAUGGAGUAUCCGAUGGUGUGUGUAUCUGUGAAACAACCAUAUCAACAAAAUAAAUUAAAAUUGGAUUUAAUCAAUAUGAAUUCAGGGGCAAGUUGGUUUCACAGUGAUGAAUUGGAAGAUAUGGAUGGUUCUGCUACUGUGAUACCAAGAAGAGAAAAUCUUCAUGUUAUCAAUGUUACACAGUUAGAAAAAAAUGCAAUAUUAGUCUGUUACGAUAAUGUAGUAAAAGUGGUAACAUUACAAGGAAAACCUAGAUCAAGCAGAAAGCACAUGUCAGAAUUACAUUUUAAUUUUCAAAUUGAAUCCAUUAUUUGUUUACCAGAUAGUGUGCUAGCAUUCCAUAAACAUGGUAUGCAAGGUAGAAGUUUUAAAAACGGUGAAGUUACGCAAGAAAUCAGUGAUCCGAGUAGAACGUACAGAUUACUUGGAUCAGAUAAAGUUGUGAUGCUGGAGAGCCACUUAGUUCAAUCAGGCACACUGACUGAAUCCGAAGGCGCGGAUUUAUAUAUACUUGCUGGACACGAAGCCAGUUAUUAAGAUAUCUUCCAACUGUAAAUGUGCAGACAUAAUGUGUCACGAGUGAUUUGUGAUUCCAAUGACUGCAUAUAAAGUAAAAUAUGACUGAGAGGCAGUGGUCGAUGUUGGUAAGAGAAUUGCUAUUAACCUGUUUUAAAGAGCAUAUGGAUGAAACCAACAUAUAAUAUCAACAUAUAUAUAUAUAUAUACAUACGUCAUUUGUCACUGUUCUCUAUAUAGUUAUUGCUGCAUAGACUGGUUAUUUGCCGAGAAAAAACUUUUUAAUGAAGAUAUAGAAUUAAUGAUCUUCGAAGUCUGAAAAUGAAGAUCAUGAUGGAACAGAUUAAGAAGAAGCAUGAUAUAUUUAAAGUAAUAUGUGAAUUCGCCUAAAUGCCUGACAAAAUAAAACUUAUACUAAUUUUCUCAAAAAAUAUCUAUAUUAUUAUAAAAUUAAUAUUUUCUUGACAUUCUUUAUGAUAGUAAAUGUCUAGUAAUCAGUAAAUUUAAAAUUUGAUUUUUAACAAUUUUUUCCAUUUUUUAAUUCAACUUUUUACAUUUACGGGUUUUAAACAACUAGAGAACUAUUCAUAUAUAACAAUAUUUACUUAUAGAUAUAUGGAUACUUAUAUUUUUAGAAUAAUUUUUAGAUAAUAUAAAAGAUCUUUACAAUAUGGGAAAUAAAUUAAUUGUAUUAACAUAAGCUUUUUGUCUAAACUUUAUACAAGUUAUAGAAAAUAUUGGCCAAAGAUAGUUUAAGUAGAUUAAUAUAUUUGAAACGAAGACAACGAUUUAAAUACAAAUUAAUUAUCAAAAAUAUAUCUAUCAAAUGGCAUUUCCAAUAUAUUUUUCUUGUAUGAAUAAAAAACGAAAAGAAAAGAAAUGUAAAAUUAAAAUAUGUAUACUCAAUAUAAUGUAUAUCCUGUUCUUUUGUAUAUGUUUUAUUUUGGUAGGCAUUGGGCUUUUACAUCAAAGUUACUUUAAUAAGACAUUGCGUUCAUCAGUGUCUCUAAUUUUGGAUGAUUGUACUAUAAAUACACAGUAUAAAUUUGUAAAGUAGUUUAUGAUGGCAAUCAUAAAUUAUUUAUUUUAUAAAAUAUGUAUCAAAAAUUUUAGCUAUUAAUUCAUACAAAACAAUCAUUUUUAGUA